ACCUUCGUCAUCGCAAACGUUCGGUUCGAGGUUCUUAAUCGUCUCCUCCCCUUCCUCUCCUCCGCUGCCGCUCGGCGAACCUCCUUCGACCUGCAAGAGCUCCUCGAGCGAUUCGCCUUCGACAAUGUUUGCAAGGUUGUGUUCAACGAGGACACAGCUCAGCUCGGUGAUGACAAUGAGCACAGCGAAGGCAGAAGAUUUUACAGGGCCUUCGACCAAGCCUGCAACAUCUGCGUCGAGAGGUUCAAAGCCGUUGUGCCCAUCUCCUGGAAACUCAGACGAAUGUUCGGUCUCGGAUUGGAGGGGCAACUCAAGGAAAACAUCAAAAUCGUUGACGAGUACGCAAUGAGAGUGGUGAAAUCAAGAAGACAGGCGGCCCUCGGCGACGACCUCCUCUCACGGUUCAUAGCCGAAAAAGAAGAGAACUACUCUGACCAGUUCCUCCGCGACAUCAUCGUCAGCUUUGUUCUGGCCGGGCGCGACACCACGUCGGCCACCCUCACCUGGUUCUUCUGGCUGAUAUCGACGCGGCCCGUAGUUAGCAGCAAAAUAAAGAACGAGAUCCAUCGUGUCAGAGCGAGCUCGGGGACAACUGGCAUCUUCACGCUGGAGCAGGUUAGGGAGAUGAACUACCUGCACGCAGCGUUAUCUGAG